AUGGAACAAUCAGGAAGUAAGACCUCUCAUGCCAAAAAGCCUGAGAAAUUCAAAGGCACUGACUUCAAACGUUGGCAACAUAAGAUGUUGUUCUAUCUGACAACAUUAAAUCUAGCCCACAUUCUCAGACAGGAUGCCCUUGUGUCGAAUGAGAAUCCUGCAACCAAAGAGACUGUCACUGCAAUUGAUGCAUGGACACAAUCUGAUUUUCUGUGCAGGAACUAUAUCUUGAAUGGACUUGAUGAUGCACUGUAUGAUGCCUAUGCAGCAUUCAAGACGGCUAGAGAAGUUUGGGAAUCUCUUGAGAAAAAAUAUAAAACUGAAGAUGCAGGAUCCAAGAAAUUUGUUAUAGGCAGAUUUCUGGAUUUCAAGAUGGUAGAUUCCAAACAUGUUGUCAAACAAGUUGAAGACCUCCAGAAAAUUAUCCAUGAGAUUCUUGCUGAAGGCAUGAAGAUCAAUGAAUCUUUCCAAGUGGCGACCUUGAUUGAAAAACUUCCACCAAACUGGAAAGAAUUCAAGAGUUAUCUGAAGCACAAGAGAAAUGAGAUGAGUAUGGAGGAUCUCAUUGUUAGGCUUCGGAUUGAGGAGGAUAACAGAAUAAGUGAGAACAAGAAUGUGGUUUCAAACAUGGAAGCCAAGGCAAACAUAGUUGAAGGAACCUCAGCAAAACCAAAAUUCAAUCCCAAAAAGAACAAGAAGAACUUUGUUCCUGGAGCAAAAGGAAAAGACUUCAAAAAGAUUAAAGGAGCAUGCUGGGUCUGUGGGAAAACAGGCCAUAAGGCUCAAGACUGCAGGCAUAGAAGGGAUCAGAAUCCUGCAAAUCCAAACAACAACAGGCCAAGGAACAAUCAGGCCAAUGUGACUGAAGAAAACCUGGCUGCAGUGGUGUCAGAAACCAACAUGGUUUUGAAUGACAAUGAGUGGCUGAUUGAUACUGGAGCCAACCCGCCAUAUCUGUGGUGA